AUGUUCCGUUUGGUGUCACCUUUCUCGUGGCUCGACUCGCUGGCGGACGAAGAAGAGUUUAUGGGUGGUCUUAGCGAGCGCUAUCCGUCAACACGUAUUUUAAUUUUCCCUCAACGUGAGGACACGUCGGUGGAUCAGACUCCCGAUCAGGAAGAAGAAGAAGAAGAGAUGGAAAUAGAGGAGCCGCUGGUUGUCGAGGGGAACGAGUUGAUGACCGGUGACUUUUUUGACGACCUGCCUGCUGCUGCAAAACUCAUGGACACGCGAGUACCAUCGAAUCUUUCGCCGCCCGAAUCAAAGACGAAGGACGGUUACUCGUUCUGCACGUACUCGUACAGCACGUGUCUGACGGCCGAUGAUAACGGCCGUCGCGUGGACAGCACACGCCGUCGCUACGAGGACUCGGCUGGGCGCCUGAAAGCUCAGCACAAUCGCCGAAUUGGUACAUGCGCACUGGUGUCGACGUGGAAGCGUGCAUCUGAACAGGAAGAUGGCACUCAGGAGCAGACGGUGUCAUCGGGUUCAGUUGAGGACUUUGAGAAUGCGUGGAAGAGUACCCCAUUUGGUGUUGCCGAAGAGCAUGCGAAGGCUCAAGGUGCUAAGCAUCAAAGCGUGCUUCCCGAUUAUCCCCAGUCUGAAGAGCUGCCGUAA